AUGGAGUACGAAUUCCGUUCGGGUGGAAAGACUCCCAAAUAUGCUAACAAUGGAAUGUGCACUCUAGAAUUACAUCAUGGGGGCUGGUUUGAAAAUGGGGUUUAUAAGAAGGUUGAGCAAUGUUUGGAAAUUAGGUGUAAAAAUCCUGAGGGUGGACUGGAGCUUGUUACAUCGGAUGCUACAGUGGUUGAAAUGGUUGGUCACAUACCAUCCAAUAAGGUUAUUGUGUUAUACUAUAGUGAGAUUGAAGACUAUGAGUAUGAUGCAGAUGCAAAGAAUUGUGAUGGGGAUUUGACUCAGAAUUACCAAGUGAACGAGGUGGAUUAUAUUGAAGUUGAAGAUGAGGAGACUUUUGAGAAUGUUGGGACAAAAGUGGCAAAUGAAGAUGUUGUCAAAGAGGUACCAAAUGAAGAUGCAGGGGCAAAAUUACCAAAUGAAGAUAUAGGGGCACAUUUCACCAUUGAUAAUGAAGGGGCAGAAUUGCCAAAUGAAGAUAUAGGGGCACAAGUGACAAUUGAUAAUGAAGGGGCAAAAUUGCCAAAUGAAGAUGAAGAUGAAGAUACAUAUUCAUAA